AUGGAUGAUGAAAAUGGAAUGGCCGAUCUGAGGCAAUACAUGAACCGGAGGCCUUUUUUUCCACCAAUUCCUCCUGGAACUGACCUGUUAUCCGACCACCAUCCGCGGUUGACGCAGACGCAGCAGUACGACAUGUUCAUGAUACCACAUGGGCUUCAGCCGGCGUUUAGGUCUGAUUCUACAACUAGUAAUACUGGUGGUGGGGGUUCGUCUAGUAGUGCUGGUGGGUUUGGUGGGUUUGAGAUGGAGGCUGGUGGGUUGAAUGGUUACGCAGAUGGUGGCACUGGGCGAUGGCCUAGGCAAGAAACACUUACUCUUCUUGAGAUCAGAUCGAGGCUGGAUCCUAAGUUCAAGGAAGCCAACCAAAAGGGUCCGCUAUGGGAUGAAGUCUCAAGGAUUAUGGCUGAGGAACAUGGAUAUCAGAGGAGUGGCAAGAAAUGCAGAGAGAAGUUUGAGAAUUUGUACAAGUAUUACAAGAAGACUAAAGAAGGCAAGGCUGGAAGACAGGAUGGCAAGCACUAUAGAUUUUUUCGCCAGCUUGAAGCACUCUAUGGUGAAAUCAGCAAUACAGUGCCAGUCUCCGAAACACAUCGGGCCGGAAGCACUAUUCUAAACAGUACUUCGACCAAUAACAUUUUAAUAGCAAAUCAGCAAGAAGUUUAUAAGGCUCCAAAGCUCUCAGAUACUAGCCUUAGUCUAUCUAAUUCUUCUGAUUUUGAUACUACUUCAUCAGAUGGAGGAGACGUUAAUGGAAGAAUAAACGAUGACUCGAGUGGAAAUAGGCAGAAGAAAAAGGGUAAUAGGAGGUGGAAAGUAAAGAUAAAAGACUUCAUUGAUGCACAGAUGAGGAAAUUGAUGGAUAAACAGGAGGCUUGGAUGGAGAAAAUGAUGAGGACAAUUGAGGAUAAAGAACAAGAGAGGAUGAUAAGAGAGGAUGAAUGGAGAAAGCAAGAUGCUGAUAGAAUAGAGAAGGAGCACAAGUUCUGGACUAGUGAAAGGGCAUAUAUCGAAGCACGGUAUGCUGCAUUAAUGGAAACUAUACGAAACGUUGCUGGUAAAGAACUUAAUGUUUCACCAUCGGAUGAAUUGAUGGCAGUUAAAACUCGAAGCCUGAGUGAAAACGAGAACGACGAUGAAAAGGGCGAUAUGAUCUGGCCAGAAUCUGAGAUUACAAGGCUAAUCCAAUUGAGGACUAAUUUAGACUCAAGGUUUCAACAAGGUGGGUUUUCGGAAGAAGUCCUGUGGGAAGGAAUAGCUUCAAAAAUGGCCUGUUUUGGAUAUGACAGGAGUGCUUUAGUCUGCAAAGAAAAGUGGGAUAGCGUCAAUAAUUAUGUAAUCAAGUGCAACAAGAAAAGAAAGGAGAAUCCAAAACCCUAUUGCUAUUGCUAUCAGAAUAAUGUGUCCAUAUGCAAUAAUCAUGUAGGAGCCUUUUGUGAUAAUACCAGUGGAUUAGGACCUGAGGCUUCACCUUCUAAUAGCAACACAGGAAAUGCAAUGAAUGAUAGCUGCUUUAGGUACUUUAUGGGGGAUGAUCAUAACAUGUGGGAGAAUUUUGGGCUGAAACUCAACAAAUUAGGGUAG